AUGGAGGCCAAGUUAAGUGAUCGUGCGAUCUCCACUGCAUUACUCUUCCUGCUCUUGGCGGUCUGCCGUUCGGACCCCAAUCCUCUCCGUGACUUCUGCGUCGCCGACCUCCCGGCAGCGGACACGCUCACGUCCAACGGAAUCCCCUGCAAGCCGCCGUCCGCAGUGGCGGAUGACGACUUCUUCUUCGGGGGCCUGGCCGUGGAGGGAGACACCGACAACGCCCUGGGCUUCAACAUCACACGCGCCACGGUGAGCGAGUUCCCUGCCCUGAACACGCUGGGGCUGUCGAUGGCGCGCAUCGACCUCGGCCCCGGCGGGGUGAACGUGCCGCACACCCACCCCCGCGCCACCGAGCUGGUGCUGGGCCUCGAGGGGAGGGUGCUGGUGGGCUUCGUCACGAGCAGCAACGUGUACUACUCCAAGGUGAUAGGCAAAGGCGAGCUGUUCGUGGUGCCGAGGGGGAUGAUGCACUUCCAGUUCAACGUGGGGAGGAGCAAGGCUUCCUUCGUCGUGGCGUUCGAUAGCCAAUCGCCCGGAGGAGUAGGUGCGCCGCUUGCGAUGUUCGGGUCCAAGCCUGCUAUUCCCAACCAGGUGCUUGCCAAGUCCCUCUUUGCGGACGAAGCGCUCGUCGCCACCCUCAAGGCCAAGUUUGGCAACUGA